AAGAACGAUCAAUUUGAUUUGAUUUUGAACGAAUCAAAAUGGAUGCUGGGUGUGAAUGAACUAUGUUCUGAAAAACGAACAGCUUUUUAUUGAAUUGUGUCGUGGGCCCGAUUAUUAUCGGGAAUCCGGCGUCGUAGAUUUGUUUUAUAUUAAUUAAGCUAGUGGGAAAUUAUAAGUGUCGUUUGAAGCGUGGGUAUUAAAAAUAUUGGCUGAAUACAGAAGUCACCGUGUCGGUAAUGUGUAUACACGAAAGUUUUGGAUUGGCUUUUAUCCUGCAGGUGGCCUUAGAAUGAGGACUUUGACGGAAAUAACGAAUGUGAAUCGGGAUCUAAUAGUGUUUGAUAAACCACCGUCGAACGUUCGUCAGUGCAUUAUGGCGAGAGUGUACGGACUACAGUGCUCGAUUGCUGCAUGAGCGAUCAGACAUGAAAUGCAUAUACAGGAAGGAACAAACACAACUCUGACAACAUGUACCAAAAUGACAGAAGAAGUAGACAGAAGACAUGGCGUAAAUGGUAACAGUGGUGGAACGAGUACUGGUGAAGAUGUUGCAGCUCAGGGUUCUGCUGUCAACGCGACGGGAGGUCGGCUCAAGUUUUUCAAAGAUGGCAAAUUUAUCUUGGAGUUGGUCCGCGGGUGUGCGCGUGAGGGUGAGCGCGCAGGCUGGGUGUCGGUGCCGCGCAAGACGUUCUGGCCGCCAGCCGCGCCGCCCGCCGCGCCGCCGCCCGCCGCCGCGCUCUCCGUCUCCGACGACAACAGCUCCGUGCAGUCCUCGCCCUGGCAGCGCGACCACUGCUGGAAGCAGGCCGCGCCGCGCCGGCACCUCUCGCGCGAGCUAGUCAUGUACUACUGCCGGCCCGCCGCGCUGUCCAACGCCGCCAUCGACUCCGCCAGCCGCCGCAAGCGGAGGAGACCCUACGACACGACGCACCUUGACGCGCUCGUCAACGGUGCGCGCCGGCCGCUCACCAAUGGCGUGUGUGACAAGCGGAACGGGGACGUCGCCUCGCCGGAGAGCAAACCCAAGAGCGAAGACGCGGUCGACGGCGUCGUAUCCAAACCUAGGGCCGACGACGACCCGUGGGCCGACUACGACAGAGAAAAAUAUUAUCAUAUGAAACUUAAAAAACCGUAUCAGUAUCGUAAAUUAAGAGUCUACAAAAAAACGAGGUCCGCGAUUAGACGCAAAGAGCUCACGCGGGCGAUCGAUAAGUUGCGCGAGAAAAUCGCGGCGCUGCCGGUGCCCGUGAACGCGAAACUGGCUAACUGCAGACAGCAGGAGCACAUGAUGGUGUCACCGAGGAAGCGCAUCCUGCGCGAGCUGGAGCGGGUCAGCCUCGAGGACCAGAGCGGCAAGCGGCGCGCCAAGACCGUGCCCGCGCUCAGCACCGCCGCCUACCCGGUGUCGCCGGGGCCCAGCCAGCCGCCGCGCGCGCAGAACGGCGCGCCGCGCCGGGACGCGCCGGUGUCCAAGAACGUGAGCAGCUACAGCAUCCACUCGCUGCUCAGCAUGCCCGACGACGCGCCCGCGCGACGCUCGCCCGAGGCCAAGCGCUCGCCGCUGUCGCACCCGCCGUCCCUGAAGACGGAGUCUCCGAGCAGCGUGACGUCGCCGGACCUGAGCCCGAGCCCGGACGGGUACCGGUACCGGUACGCGGCGCUGGCGGGGUCGCCGGGCGCGAGCGCGGUGCGGGAGUCGCCGCCGCCGGAGCUGCGGUACCGGUACGCGACGCCGCGCUGGGCCGGGCCGUACCGCGAGACGUUCGCGUACCCGUACGGCUACCUGCCGCCGCUGUACCGCGCGCCGGCGCCGCUGUGGCUGCCGUACCCGCCGCCCGGCCCGUGGCCGCCGCUCGCGCACCCGCUGCUCGCCAACCACAUACCUAAAGAUGAACCCACUUCAGAUUUGCCAUUGAAUUUGUCAAAGCACUGAAGCAGGGAAUCAGUGCUCGCGGCAGCCGCGAGAGACUGAACGCAGAUACAAAGAUGGUUGUUACUUGAACACGGUGUCAUCUGCUCCGGUGACAUCCAAACGACUGCUACCAAAUCUAUUCAAUAUAGUAAACAAGCAACAAAGACGAUUAAACGCUAGCUAGAAUAUAAGAAAGCUCCAUUUUACGUACACUCCUAUUUAAGGUUUGCUUUAUACUUGUACGACAGGCGGCGGCUACUGUAUGCACUGUGUAACUAUUGACUUGUAGUGUCCUGCCGCUUGUCGCACACUUGACCUUAACAAAACGAGUACCGCUACUCGAAGUCCUAUUGUUAACGCCCUAACAUUCCAAGUCACUAAACAAUUGGCGCGUAAAGUUCAAAACUACAUCCCACCUAACACAAUGUCUAUAUCGUUGUAAUGCGGUUAUUUUAUAAAAUAUACAAUAGUAUAUAAAUUUUAACGAAUAUGUUUUGCUAUCGCAAAAAUAUUUUUGUAUAAAUUGUGGUUUUUCGACAUGAGUAUUCGUCGGAAGAUCUAUUUACAAAUGUAUAUUACACUGAAAUAUUAUAUUUUAGUAUAGAUGUAUGUACCUAAAGCAGAGUCUUGUGUGUAUUUUCAUACGAAUAUUUAUACUGCAAGUAAAAUAUUUUAAUAUUGGCUAUUACGGUAGGAUAAGAAACUAAGACAAUUUGAAUAAACAUACAAAAAACAGUUAUCACUUGUUAACGAUCAGUGCCUUGAGUCGAAUAAAGAUAUUAUGAACAUAUUUAUGAUGAACUAAAAAGAUUGCAAACGAAGUCCUGGCUGCGUCCAAAAUUACUAAAAUAGUUACAUUAGAAAAUAGUGCUAUUUGUUGUUACUCAAAUGAACAGAAUAUAAAAUAACUAAUUCUCAAAAUAUAGAUUCUGUUCCUUUAUUGAUUUGCAAAAUUCCAUAAUUUAUGUUCGAUCUCAUAAUUUAAUUUAGAAAAUAAAACGAGAUAAAGACUACAGUUUUGGGAUCAAAUUUGGAUGUGUGUUGAAGUAACAUGUAUAUUAAAUAAAAUAGGAGACAUUGUAUAUAUUUGUGAAUGGUGUAUUAUUGUGGGAGGGUCGGUCGUAGAUUUUAUCAGAGCAAUUAAUUCGCUUACGAUAUAUCAGUAAGAGUUUAUUACCUUCAAAUAAUUAUUGUAAUUGUACAGUAUUUUUGUAAUGAGUAUUUUAUGAAUUGGAGACGUCAAAUGUCUUUCUGAUAGUGUGAAGUCAACGCGCAACUGAACUGUUAGUUGCCGGUUUGAGCGCCACAGUCACGUCUCGCCUCGAACGGCUUUGAGAUUAAACCUAGAGGUAGUCUACUGCAAUGUUAGUUGAAGUAUGGGGUUAUGUAUUAUAAGGACAGUUAAUGAUGGUAAGGGACUGAUUGAUGUAAUAUUAUCAUUAAUGGAACUGUAUUAAUAGUAAUCGAGGCCUACUGUAUCGUCUGCCAACAAAGUUGACUUAGUGUAAAGUAGCUGUAACAGAUCCUGCUCAAUUAAUUCCGAGUACAGUUAGGUAACGACAAUAACUCAAUGUUGUGGCGUCCCCGGGAGUGAACCUGCAUCGAUGUGUUGAAGUAGCUAUGGGGCCUGAUUCGCAUGUUCUAGCUUAAUUUGGUGUUUUCUAAUAGAGGACUUUAUAAUUUGCUUGGAGUUUAUAAUUAUAAACUAUCGACCUUCUUAGCGUGUCGACAAUCUUUCCAAAGAUAAUUCGAUCUUCCUAUUAGCGUAUCGACAAUCCCUCUAACUAUAAUAAAUAAAUUCUACUAUAAUACUUUGCCAUUUGCCUCAUAUUACUAUCGACCUUUGCAAAUAGGCGGCAUUCUUUUCCCGAAUUCUGAAAAGCAUAUUACAUGGUUUAUUACAUGGUUCUAAACCUUAUAUCGCCCAUCAACUACUUAAGUCAUCGCUGUUUAUAUAGCUCGAGUCUUUGUCGCUGCUGCCUUAUUUUGCCUGUUUUCACAAACGAGUCCCUAACUAAGUUUUAACUAGGGGCCUCCUAAAAUCACAUCCUUAACUUCAUUUUCACCACUCUAGGCAUUUCCUCUUUUGUGUGACGUUUUGUUAAGAAAAGUUAUAUUAAAUUAACAAAUAAUGUUUUAAAAAAUCUUAAAUAGGGCAGCAAAAUAAUAGCGUUUUAGUUGUAACUAGAAACCAACCAAAUUUAUCUUAGAAUAUUCAACAGGCGAAAUAGGCCACCUGGCCUCGUGAGCGUAUGCAUUUCACCUGAAACUGAAUUGCAUUGCAUUUGCAUACUUUUUGCAUGCGAUUUGGAGUAUCUUAAUUCAUGUGGACUUCUUAAUUUUCUUGGUUUUCUUUUUUUCAUUUUCUUCACUAUAGAAGACUGGAAGAAUUUUUAUUUUCUUAACUGUAAAAAAGAUACAAUAAAUCUCGCAUCUUUCCCACAGUGGGGCUACACUCAUAUUUUUUUAUGCAAGGUCGGCGUGUUCAUGUGUAAUACAUCGGUGAUCUUUUUUUUUAAGAAUAACAUUAGGCUAAACUGUUACGUCGUGCACGACAAGUACAUUAUAAUUGUGCCAUUCCAUUUCAAUUUUUUGAUAAUUGUGUUAAUAUUACGUCGUUAGGCCAAAGCAAGUUUUACUAAGAGUUAUAAACUUAUAAAGAGGUUCCUCCCGACAACAGCGUUGUCUUACUGUUGUUAGAAAUAAAAUAUUUUUGUACGCAACCAUUACCACAUCUAAGAAUUAUUAUAGAUUUCUAAAGAGAGACGUGAAGACGCAAGAUUCAACUUAAAACAUAUUUAUCAAGCGGAAAAUAGUUAUUAUUAUCCAUUUAUAUUAAGAUGUAGUUAUGUACUCGAAUAAAUAUAACU